AUGUCACUGCUGUUGAAACGUAUUCUUUCUUCAACAACCAGCGAAUUCAACUAUUUUACAAGGCAUUUACUUGGUGUUCACGAUGGAUGUAAAACUCAAACUGCUGGCAUGAAGGUGAGAUCUAUGUUGAAACUAAGAUGCCCAUAUUGCUAUUUUAUUCGGAUCGAUGGUCGAAUGCAUGUAAAAUGCAACAAACAUCCUCGCCAUAAUGCUGCCGAACCUUAUAACUCUGGACAUGAGAUGGGGUCUGCAGAAGUUGAUCUAUGUUUCGAGAUACUCGAUGACCAUUUUGGUCCUGUUAUAGCCGCGGUUGGCCAUGCUUUACUUGAAGAGGCCUGCACUUUGCCUGCUUUAAUUUAUCGUCUGCGGCCAAAACUUCGUGUUUAUCAGAUUAAAAGGGCCUUGGUCAUUUUGGAACAGCACAAUUUGUUGAAAUUUGAAAAAGAAGAAAAAAGAAUAAUCUACUCUGUUAAUUGUGAAGAUGUAAUAAGGCUACUGCGUGCCGCUCGUUGUUCUUUGGUUGCAAAAACAUUAUACGGUGAAGCUGCUGAAGCGAUCUGCGAAGAAAUUUUUACCCACGGACGUUUGACCUGUUCAGAAUGUAUUCGUAGGGUAGCCACUAGGCUGGAAUUACCGCCGGUUGAUGUAAAAGCCCAGUUUGUUGGACUUGUGGAGUCACAGCUGUUAAUUAGGUGUGCUAAAGUGGAGAGUAAUGGAUCUGGUUUUCCUGUUUUUGUAGCUGGAAAUUUUUCUUUUGUGAUGCCUGAGAAAGUUUCUGUUUUACCUGUGAAGACGGAGGACCAUGGAUCGCCCAAAACUGAAAGUUCGAGGAAGCGGAAAUUGAACGAACAGGUGAUAGACCCAGAUUUUGAUAUAUAUUGGAGAUUGCACUUCCCAAGAUUUGAACGGUUCUUAAGAGAUGAAAUGACAGUUGAGACUAUAGAUGGUGAAUUUGAUAAUACUUUGUUGCGUAAGACUGCAAGAGUACUACUCAAGAUUUGUGAGGUCAAAAGCGAUUCAAUACUGGCUGCUUCAUUUCCAAUUUCUAUUCAUGACAUUGUCCGGUGCGCAGGUGCAAAUAACAUGGGACUUGAAAAGAGGGAUAUUGAAACUGCUUUAAAAAUCUUGAGUGAUGGCCAGAAAAUCGUUAGGAAAGUUGGAGACAGUGCAGGAGGUUUAUAUGUUAUUGAUUUUGAAAAUGCAGUAAUUAUGCGUUGUCAAGGUCUAGUUGAAUCCGUUAUAAGAGAAAAGAUAGAUUCACGUGCUGUCCGGAUUUUUCGGCUUCUGCUUCAAACUGGCUAUUUAGGGGAGGAUCAAAUUGAGAAGUUGGCUAUGCUGUCCGCUAAGGAGGCGAAACAGCUGUGCUACAAUUUGAUCGAGAAUGGUUUUGUUACCAUAAAGCACGUGGGAAAAACUAAUGAUUUUAACACCGCGAAAACGAUUUAUCUUUAUCACGUAGACCUUGGUAAAGCAGCUCACGAACUUUAUCUUCAAACUUGUAAAUCUCUCUGCAACGUGAUUGUGAGAAGAAAACACGAAACAAAAGAGCAUAAGAACCUGAUUGAGCGGAAUCUCAAGAGAGAGACAAUUAUUGCAACAAUACAAAGUGAUGAUGGUUUGGAUGAAGCUACGAAGCAACAGCAAAUAGCUGAGGUUGAAGAAACUUAUAUGACCAAUGAAGAUCGUUUAAAUUUGGAGAGUUAUAGGCAGGGACAAAAUUCGCUAUUGUGCUCUGAAAUUGAACUUGACAAAGACCUCUUAUUGCUUUCCUUGUAUCUUCAGUUUGAUAAAUUUCGACCAUAG